CACACAUUGGCAGAAAGAAAAGUAAAUUGUAUGAAUGUGAGUGAUCGUUUCGUAGCUCGCCGCUCGGUGGAAAGACAGCAGACAGUUUAUUGUUUUGUUUUAGAAAAAGUGUUUCGUUAGGUUAGACAGAAGUGUUGUUAACGUUUAUUAGUUCUAAAAUUAAUUAUAAGCAACGCGUGUUAAAUUCAAACUUUACGUUCACAUAAAUAUUUUGUCCAGAAUUUAUUAUUUCUUUGUAGACCACGAGACAAGUGAAAUUCUUUGUUUUUUUACAUUUGAAGCUGAUGUUAAAGCAAUUAUUUUAAAGAAACUUUAUGGGAAAUAUCUUUGGAACGGCGAGGUGACAAAGGCUGAAAAUGACUGUGGAGAAGAGCAAAGGCUUAGAGCCCAAAAAGCCACCAGCGACGAGGAAGGUGGCACCUGAUGGCGGGUGGGCAUGGAUGGUUUGCUUAGGUGUCAGUUUAGUUAACUUUUCAACGCGUUCUCUUGAGCCGUCGUUUGGUUUGCUGUUCAAAGACUUAUUGGAUGAUCUCGGGGUCCACACCACGGGUGCUUCAGUGAUUGCCAGUACUCUAGAUUCCGUGGUCAACUUCUCUGGCUUCUUUGUGGGGCCUGUGAUAAAAACAUUUUCGUACCGAAAAGUGUGCUUCGUAGGCUCCACAAUAUGUGCCCUUGGCUUACUGUUCACGGCACCCGCUGCCAGCAUGGGGCACAUUAUCACUACUUACAGUAUUUUAGGAGGUUUCGGAGUGGGUCUCGCGUCGUCCUCAUCGUUCGUGUCGCUCAACCAUUACUUCUCUAAGAAGCGAGGUCAAGCAGUCGGGCUUUCGAUGGCUGGUACUGGCUUCGGGUUGAUGGUGAUGCCACAACUAGUCAAACUCCUACUAGGAGAGUAUGGGUUCCGUUGGACGGUCGUCAUAUUGGGUGCCUUGGCCUUCCAUGCUGUGCUUGGCUCCUGUCUACUGCAACCUGUUAAAAGACAUCUCAUUGAUGAACCAGUGGAUUGUGAAUUGCAAACAGUGAAGGAAAUGGAGUGUAUACUAGAGAGUGAAGAAGAAAAUGAUGACAAAUUCGAAAUAAAUCCACUUGUCUCACCUCAAAUACCAAAGAUAAUGAAGCAGAGAUCACACACCAACAUGAACCAUCCUUCAGUGCGGACGAUAGGCUUACCGAGGGCCAAGACUUGUGACAAGCCCUUACAGGAAUUUGAAAAGUUCGAAAUAAAUAAUAAGCUGUACCCAGGGUUGACAACGGCUGCGUCUGUGGCCGCCAUGCCGCGAGUGACAUCUAGCGGUAGUAUGAGUGAAGCUGCGCGAAAGAGAAAAGUGUCCGUCAUUUCUAAUAUCUCCAACAUGGACUUCACUGGCAGUUACUUGCAGUUGUAUCUUGAUACAGUACAAGACGAUGACGCCAUUCAAAUGAAGCCAAUAAAGAAAGCGGAACCCGAGGAAAAGAAGAAGGGUUUCUUUAGAAGAUUUAUAGCUCUUAUGGACUUAGAUUUACUUAAAGACUGGUCAUUUUUGAACCUUUUACUAGGGCUCUCGCUGUUUUGGAGCGGAGAGCUACAAUUUAGGAUGUUGACUCCAUUCUUUAUAAGAAGUUUGGGCUACAAUAUGAAUGACACGGCGUUUUGCCUCUCCAUGACUGCCAUUACUGAUAUUUUGGUGCGGUUGAUCCUACCGCCUAUAUUUGACAGAACGACCAUUUCCAAGAAAAUGAUAUUCUUUAUAUCUUCAUUCUUCUUAGCUGCGACGAGAUCUGUGUUAGCAGAGCAAACAGAAUGGGUGCCUCUGAUGAUUUGGCUGUCCAUUUGCGGGUUCUUCCGAGGCAUGUGUCUGAGUAACUUCACUCUGACCAUAUCUGAGUACUGUCCUCUUGAGAAGCUCCCAGCUGCGUUCGGUCUGCACAUGGUCAGCAAAGGAGUAUUCGUUGUUGCUAUUGGACCUUUGAUCGGAUACGUGAGAGAUUACACCGGUAGCUUUGCAACGUGUAUUCACGUGCAGAAUGCUCUCAUAAUGUCGUGUGUACUUGUAUGGGGCGUGGAGUACGCGCUCGCCUUCACCCGCCGCAGGAAAGUCGUGCAAAUAUAGUGACCACAACGUUCCACUGAGGAACUAAAGCUCAUCGUAUUACUGUUAUAUCGAUUAUCCAAUAUCUAGACACGUUAUAAUCUUGUCUACUUAUUAAUGCUUUUAUAAGUACAUUUUAAUAUCGCAUCUCAUGUUAACGAGCGAGAAACAGUGCAGUUAAAAAUCUUUUCAAUUUUCUCAACAUAUUUUCUCCGUGUACAUAAAAAUUAAUAUUUUAAUCGAGUUUUUAUAAUGGGUCAGUCCAUAUCGUAGCCAUAUCAAAAGAUUUUACUCUAAAUGGAGUUUAUUGGCUGCACUGUUUCUAUAAAUAAAGAUAUUUAUGUUGAACGGUAUGUAUAUUCGUGCAUACUUCGCGUGACACUCAUCUAGAAUUUAUUACUAAUAGUGUGAAACUCAGACUUGAGCUUUCCAUACAAAAAUGCGCAUGUUUAAUCAAAGAAUUAAAUGAUAUUAUUUUUGAAAUUUUCUCUAAAAUAGCUCUCUAGAGCCGAAACUGAAUUGGCCAUGACUAUCAUCAUUCAUUUUGUCACAAUAAUCUAACAAGUUAUUCAUGAGCAUUGGUAUUGAAUUAAGGAUAUUAAAGGUAAAUAAUAAACUUCCAUGUUUGUGUCAAAGCUUAGUUGUUAACACUAGAACCAGUGAAUUUUGGAAAGAAAUAAAGUGGAACAUCUAUUUCAUAGUUACUUAGAAUGUAACUUUUAGACAUUGAUUUUAACUAUUAAUAUUUUUAGACGGCUGUUUGUACUACGGAAAGUUUUGUAGGUGUGUAUUUUUAGAUGAUAUUAAUUUAUACACAUAAAUUAGUUGUAGGAAAUCUUAAUGACAAGUUUUAUCAAAGUAGAUGCGACCACGAAAACUCUUAAGUGACGAAUGUAGAAUGAAUAUUCUGGAUUGGGCUGCAUUUCUUAUAGUUUUAAUUCUCUUAGCGAUUUCUUUUAAUCACGAUUUAGUUCCAAUUUUGUAUUAAGUAGACGUCAAACUUCAAUACUUACUACAAAAAUACGGAAUUUGCCUUAAAGUCAAAGUCCACAUUUGACUUACAAACUGCAAUGUAUAAAAUAAACGAAUUAUGUCAUCUUCAAUGACGUCAACGUAAAUUGCAACGUUAAGAAAUUCAACAUUCUGCUGCAAUCGACAAAAUAUAUUAUUCUUGCCAAGUUUAAUAAAUUUGGCAUUAUACAAUACGUGCGUGCUUCGCUUGUAUAACAUGUGAACGAAGCAUUUCUUUUAAUGCAGUUCUUAUAUCUUCCGUACUUAUUAGUCUGUAACAUAAAGUACUUACAUAAAGGGACUCACGAUCAUUAUAAACGGGUCAAUGAUAUACAUAGCAGAUAUUUUAUAAUCAAUAUACUCUCUUCCAAUGUUUCGUCUUCCAAGGACUGUAUCUAAUAAGAUAAUCUCCUGCGAUGUGCUUUCGAUGUGUGAUUUAAUUGACCAAAUAUAUCGUUUUUAUAAUAACUAUCGUGAGACAUAUUACAUUAACUAACAAUCGUGGGUUACUCACGUGAACGUACUGAGA